AUGGAGCGAUUCUGGGUAGCCCACGACGCCCCACCAUUCGACAUCCGGGCUGACCGCGAUUUUCUGUCCGCUGGUAGCUAUACCGUAACAUGGAAAUACGAGGAAACCAUUUUUACGGCGAGCGGCAUCAAGGGGCCAGUUGCGCAUAAGUUUAUUUCAUUCCAAGGCAAAUUUGGCACCGAGAAAACAAAAGCCGAAAUGAGCAUCGAGUAUUUCGACAGCCAGGGGAAAAUCAUCAAUACCGAGAAAUUUGAGGCGCACGGCGGGGAAGGGAAACUGACCCGAGGGAUCCGC